AUGGAAUUCGGUGUUCAGGCGAUAUUCGGACCAUCCGAUCCGAUAUUGGGUGCACACAUCCAGAGUAUUUGCGAAGCUCUAGACGUUCCACAUUUAGAAGCACGAAUCGACUUCGAACCGAUCUCCAAAGAGUUGUCAAUCAAUUUGCAUCCGAGUCAAGAGCACAUGAACAAGGCAUUUAAGGAUCUGAUGGCGUUUCUUAAUUGGACCAAGGUGGCCAUUAUUUAUGAGGAAGAUUACGGUAAAUAG